GAGACGCAGCGCGGUGCCGCACAUUGCGCUCAGCUCAGGACGGAACAGCAGAGACCAUAUCGCACCACAGAACCUGUCAAUAUGAAGAGGGCUGCUGUGUUCACCUUCGUAGUCUGCUGGGCUGUCUCAGCGCUGUCAUUGGCUGAAGUUGGAAUUAAUCCCAUACCGGCAGCAACUGUGUCCGAUCCACAUGAGUUUAAGAACAGCUCAAAAACAACCACCACACCAACCACCAAACCAACCACCACACCAACCACCAAACCAACCACCACACCAACCACCAAACCAACCACCACACCAACCACCAAACCAACCACCAAACCAACCACCACACCAACCACCAAACCAACCACCACACCAACCACCAAACCAACCACCAAACCAACCACCAAACCAACCACCACACCAACAACCACCACACCAACUACCACCCCAGCUCCUCCUAAACCCACUCCUCCCCCCACCAACUUGACUGUAGGCAACUACAACCUGACAGACAAAUCUGGCAUGUUCCUGAGAGCUCAGAUGGCAGUACUGAUCCGACUGGCUACACCAAAGGCCAAUGGAACCUUCAUCGUUCAACCAAAAAUGACCAAAGCAACUGGAAGUUGUUCGGCAAAAUACGCAACCCUUAACCUUACCUUCACAGAGGGCUUCAUCUACUUCAGGUUCAACAAGAGUGCUUCUGAAGUCUUCGUCGAUGAACUGUCUUUCAGCCUCUACUACCCCUUCGCCAAAGACGAUAAAACCACGUACACUGCCAGUAACAAGUCGCUGCGUCUCUUCCCUGCCAAUAUCGGACACUCCUACUCCUGCACGCAUGAAUCAAUCGACCUGGGGAGUGGACUGGUCCUGGAGGUCAAUCAAGACCGGAUGCAGGCCUACAAUCUGACCAAGAGCAGCGAUUUUGGCCUGCCCGACCCCUGUGCUGUUGACAAGUCUGACUACCGCGUUGCCAUCGCUGUGGGGGUGACAUUGCUGAUUCUCAUCAUCAUCGUGUUGGUGGCCUACCUGCUGGGCCGCAGGAGGAAGACUGGUGGCUACCAGCCUCUGUGAGGAGGCACUUCUGUCAGAGGUCACUCAGAGGUCACUCCCAUUAUAGACAAAAGUCAGUGAGGCUGGGGUCUUUGUAAAGGGGAUAAAGGGCACUUCCACUAAAGCCUAUCGGGUCAUUAUUCAGUUAUUUUAUGUCUUGGUUUAGCUUAUUUACAGUUAAUAACAGUGUUUUAACUAAAGUCCUGAGUACGGAGGCUGGAGUGUGUCACAGCAAUAAUUGUAGACUUAUUUUCUAUCAAACUCAUACAAUCAAAGUAAAAUAAACACUUAAAAAAGGGAAUUUACUAAAUAAUCCAUCUAUUAUGUCUUUAAAUGCUGUAUUAAUAAUUUAAUUUAAAGUUUUCAAAUCUUAAAACACAUUUGAAUUCAGGUCAGUAAUUCAAAUACAAUGCAAUACAUAAACAAAAACAGUGUCUGAAGAAGCAUUGUUAUAUUGGGAGACUACAAAUGAUGAUGCUAAUAAUGACACAUCUAUACAGACUGACACCUUCAUAGAAACUGACCACAGUCUCAUUAAAUCAGUUCAGGUCACUCCCCCGCAGACAGCAGGUAUCAGUGGUCCGCACUGGGGUAAUGAUGUCACUCUUUAUCAGACUACACACUUUGAAGGGACAUUGACAAAUAGGUCAGAUGUUAACUUAUCUUCUAUCUUAAACUAAUUCAGCUUGCUUACACGAGGAAACACACGAUAACGUUAAUUUGUAUUAAUUUGUUAAGGUUUAUUUGGAAAUAUUUUGUCAUUCCUUUGUUUGUUUUUUUAAAUCAGGGACUAAAUGUUUUUAAAGGGAAGUCCUCCAAUCAUUUACGUCACGUGAUUAUACUAACUGCUUGAUUAAUAGGCACAAAGGGAAAAUUAGAGGGAUGUUUACCAGGAAUGUUUUAACCCCAUAAUAAUUGCACUGAUUACUGUCACAACUUCAUUGCCUUUGUCUAUUUUCAUACAAUAUGUAGUUGAUGCUGUCUUUUACAUAAAUGCGUGGAUGGAUGGUCUGUGUGGUAAAGUAAUGAGUCUGUCUUUUGAAGUACACAUUCAUCAUUCAUCACAUCUCUGGAAGCCAGUCUACUUCUACACACCAUACUAGAGGAAUACAUAGAGGAAUAGUUUGACUUUUGGGAAAUAGGCUUAUCGCUUCUCUGAUAUUCCAGACUUUAUGCUACGCUAAGCUAAUGUUCACUUGUGCUCUAGCUCCACAUAAAUAUGUACAGACAUCUAACUCCCAAUGAAAAGAGCAAAUAAGCAUAAUUCCCAUAAUAUCCACCUGAUGCUUUAAAUCUGCAGAACUGACAACAACAAAAAUGAUACUGCUGAGAAAACAAUCCCACCACAAUGUGCGUUUAGUUGCUGACAUGGAGCUUUCUUCUUGUCACAUGAUCUUCUUCCUUUUUACUUCAAACACAAACAUCUACAAUUCAGUGACAACACAGCAAACUCCAUCUGCAGAUGAAGGUCAUGUGAUGUGAUCAGAAGCCCAGAGCAGAUACUAAAUAAUCCUUAUGGUAAGAUUAUUUUCUGUAUCGUCUCCAAGAUCAACAGUUAAGUAUUAUGAUGCAGAAUUGCAAUGUAUGUACACAGGUAUAAUACAAUCCCCAAAUUCGAAUCACUAAGUCUAAGCUUCAUUUUAAAGGACAAUUCAUCCAUAUAAUAAAGGGACAUUUUUUCUCCCUUCCUCUGUCUACCUAUAGCCAGGUGGUUUCAGUUGUAUGCACUCAAGUCUUGAGAUAUUUGCUUCUAAAACGUCUGCUUCCAAUUUAACACAAUUAAGGUAAACAGAAUUUCAUUGGUGUGCCUCAAAGCAUUGAAAAGGGACGUUUGAAUAGUAAAUCGUGGCUCAUGUUUUUCCAGAAUCUGGAUUGCAUAGGGUGACUAGGACAUUGACAACCCGUACGUUUCUCAAAUGUCAUUUUUCAAUGCUGUGUUAUUCUGGAGUGGAAGCAGACAUUUCAGAGGCAGCUUUCUCAAAACCUGGAUAAAAAAAACGAAAAGUAUCUGGUCAGAUGAGAACAUGUUUGACCCUUGAAAUGUUACUAAAAGUAGGCCAAGCUUAUUUGAAUAAUACUUUGGAAAGGAGCAGAGGCUUGGCGGCUGUGGUGUGUGUCAUCCUGUCCGUCCCUGUGUUAAUAUCUCAGUCACGGUCAGCUUCAGAUAAAAGAGACGGGAUGAAGAUCUGCUGCUCACAGCUGCAGUUCCAGGUUUGCCUAUCAGGUGAUGCUCUGAAGACAGGAUGAGAACUGAAAUGAGGGACGUUGCUGCAUGUAGUUUAUCCAGUAUGUGAGCACUUUUACCUGUUGUUAACUUCCUGUGCCAAUAAAUACUGAUGUAUUUCUAA